GAUGGUUUCUGAUAUAAAUCUGUCACUAUUAAAAUCAAGAUUAUUAAAAAAGAGAAAUAAAAGAUGGCAUAAAAUUAAAAAAAAUGAACAUGAUAGUAUUAAAGAGGAAAUUCAAAGCCUUCUAUUAACUCCAAUUCCAUUGCAAGCAUCAUUUAGUUUUCAAAAAAACCUAAGCAAACUUUCAACUAUAUUAGAUAAAUCAGUAUCUAUCUCUUGCCCUUCUACUUUUUCUACAUUUUAUGAAUAUGAAAUACCUUCUAAUGCUACAGCCCAAAAAGCAGUGAAUGAAAAAAUUAAAAAUUCAAAGGCAAAAAUUAUUGAAUUUGAAUUCUUAUUUAAUCUAGCUACAGAUAUAAGUAUUCGAAAUAAUCUUUCUAUUCGGAUACAAGAAUAUAAAGAAAUUAUUAAUGAAU